AUGUCUAGUUCAUUGCCCUACCAAUUAUCAUCAUCAACAACUAUGAAAAUAGGCAUAAUUGGAUUUGGUCCAUUUGGUCAGUUCUUGGCAAAAACAAUGAUCAAACAAGGCCAUAUAAUAAGGGCAACUUCUCGUUCGGAUCAUUCUAAGCUCUGUAAAGAUAUGGGUAUUUCAUACUUCAGGGAUAUACUCUCAUUUUUUGAAGCUGAUCAUGAAGUUAUUUUGAUUUCCACAUCAAUCCUAUCUCUGCAAGAGGUCAUCAACUCAAUGCCACUCCGGAGUCUAAAAGGGCGACCGAUCCUUUUCGUCGAUGUUCUAUCAGUUAAAGAGUAUCCAAGGGAUGUUCUUCUAAAAGUACUGCCAGAAGAAAUAGAUAUAUUAUGUACUCACCCCAUGUUUGGACCAGAGAGUGGCAAAGAUGGGUGGAAAGAUUUAGCUUUUGUGUAUGACAAAGUUCGAGUGAGGGAUCUGGCUACGUGCUCUAAUUUUCUACAAAUAUUCGAAAGUGAGGGUUGCCGAAUGUUGGAGAUGUCCUGUGAAGAGCAUGAUAGAAUAGCGGCCAAGACUCAGUUUCUUACUCACACUAUAGGCAGGACUUUGUCAGAAAUGGAGAUCAAGUCCACACCUAUGAGCACAAAAGGCUUCGAGACACUUGUUCGAUUAAAAGAUGGCACUGAGAAGAAUAGCUUUGAUCUGUUUAGUGGGCUAUUCCUCUGUAAUAGAUUCGCCAAACAAGAGCUAAAAAACCUAGAAAUUGCUCUUGAAAAGGUUAAGCAGAAGCUAUCAGGUCAGAUGACUAUGGAGCAGAAUCUAAAAUGAGAUCAAUCUGAUGUAGAAGACUCUUGCCGACUCAGAAUGUAAUUAUUAUGUUCUGUACUAUACCUCCUAAUGUUUUUAUAUAAAAAAAAAGUUGCUUA